CAAUAUUCUGAAUGAAACAAUACAAGUUGAUACUAUGCUGAAAGAGAAGGAUAAUGAUACUGCAAGCACCGAUGUAUGUAUCUUGAUCGAAGAAGAAAAGAGGAAAGAUACAUCAGAUGAAACAGAUAUGCCAAGUGAAACAAUCGUAGAGGCAACAUAUGAUAUG